GAAAUAUUUUUUGGGGGGUCUUAAUUAGCCAACAAGCACGCGAACAUUGUUUUCGAUCUUUAGUUUACCCUUUUGCUUGUUCAACUAAGAUUGUUCGAUUUUGGUGUCUCUGAUUAGUUCCAACCUUGUUUUUCUCUGUCCUAAUAAAAAAAAGAAAGAAAGAGAGAAGAAGAAAGCUUGUUUUUGCUCCGAGUUUGGUUCGUGAAGACAGCAUUAAAAGAAAAUGGUCGAGAAAUGGAAAUUCAAUCGGUUCAGGAAUCGUAUGAGAUUGCUGGCUAUGGUGAUGACGGCAUACUUCUUGCUUCUUAAUUUGAGUUUUUGUUGGUCUAUGGAUGAUGAAGGUUUGGCGCUUUUAAGGUUUAAGGAAGGAGUUACAAGUGACCCCUUCAACGCUUUGUCUAAUUGGAAAGAUGAUAUUGGAGAGGUGAAUCCAUGCUCCUGGUUUGGGGUCGGCUGUUCUUCAGAUGGAAAAGUCGUCGUUUUGAACUUGAAGGAUCUUUUCCUUGAAGGAACACUAGCACCAGAACUUACAAUCCUAGGCCACUUAAAAUCAAUCAUCUUGCGAAACAACUCCUUCAGUGGAGUGAUUCCUGAGGGGAUCGGUGAGUUGGAAGAGUUGGAGAUACUCGAUUUAGGAUACAACAACUUCAGCGGACCACUUCCGAAGGACCUUGGCAGAAAUUUGUCACUGACAACCCUACUCUUGGACAAUAAUGCUCUUAUUGGUAGCUUGUCCCCUGAACUGAAUGAGCUAAAAAUGAUUUCUGAGUUUCAAGUUGAUGAAGCCCAAUUGUCUGGAGCAGCUAGAAAAUCAUCUUGCAACCAAAUAUCAAGUUUUUGGAAGCAAGCUGAAGACUUCAUUCACCGACGAGUGCUGCAGGCCAAGUCCAGCGACUCCAACCCAGCAAAAUCACCUAAUGAAGCUCCUGUUAAUGCAACAUCUCAACCUCAAGAAGAACUUCCCCCUUCGCAGUCUCCAUCUUCACCAUCUGCUCAAAAAAAUACUGCACCACCACCACAAACACCAAAAUUUCUAGCACCACCUUCCUCUUCACCACCGCCUUCCUUAUCACCGCCUACAGGUUCUGAUAAUAAACCAGUUGUACCUACCAAAAACAUAGGAUCCUCUGGGAAGAGUAAUCACAUUGCAAUAGUGGCUGGAUCCAUUGGAGGAGCCACAGUGCUUGUAGUUGCAAUAGUUGCCUAUCUGUGUAUAACAAGCAAGGUAGCUAAUGUCAAACCAUGGGCAACAGGAUUGAGUGGACAGCUUCAGAAAGCAUUUGUAACAGGUGUUCCAAAGCUUAAGAGAUCAGAGCUUGAAGUAGCUUGUGAAGAUUUCAGCAACGUAAUAGGUUCUUCACCAGUUGGUACACUAUACAAAGGGACAUUGUCCAAUGGAGUUGAAAUAGCUGUAGCCUCUCUUACAGAGACAUCUGCAAAGGAAUGGUCAGAAAAAUUACAAAUCCAGUUUUGCAAGAAGAUCGACAUAUUAUCAAAGGUGAACCACAAGAACUUUGUCAACCUUAUUGGGUUCUGUCAGGAAGAGGAACCUUUCACCAGAAUGAUGGUUUUUGAAUACGCUCCAAAUGGAACACUCUUUGAGCACCUACACAUAAGAGAAGCUGAGCACCUGGACUGGGGAAUGCGGUUGAGAAUUGCAAUGGGCAUGGUUUACUGCCUGGAUCAUGUUCACCAUCUGGAACCACCUACAGCCCACAACAAUUUGAAUUCAUCAGCUAUUCGUCUCACAGAAGACUAUGCUGCAAAAAUUGCGGAAUUCAGUUUCUGGAAUGAGAUUGCUGUAACUCCAACAGAAUUUCCCCCCCAGAUGAAGAAGCUUCCAAGUACAACUAUUUCAGCAAGCCCAGAAAGCAAUGUCUACAGCUUUGGAGUUAUACUGUUUGAAAUGGUCACAGGCAGGCUUCCUUACUCAGUGGACAACGGCUCACUUGAAGACUGGGCAUCAGACUAUCUUAGAGGAGAUCAACCCUUGAAAGAAAUGGUGGAUCCAACUUUAAGUUCAUUCCAAGAAGAACAGUUGGAGCAAAUUGGGCAAGUCAUCAAGUCUUGUGUCAAUUCUGACCCAUGUCAAAGACCUACAAUGAGAGAAGUUGCUAUGAGGCUGAGAGAUAUAACUGGAAUAACACCCGAUGGAGCUUCACCUAGACUCUCCCCUCUUUGGUGGGCAGAGCUUGAGCUUAUGUCCACAGAUGCAAUCUAAAGGUUGUAACUUAGAAAAAUGUAAGUACUAAAAAAAGUUCUUCAGUCUUAGUUUCGGCAAUGCUUGUACUUAUAGCAGUUAGAGAAUCUUUUACUUGUACAUAACUGGAAUAGGAGGGAAACAUGGGAAAUUCUUCUUCCCUUUUCCCCACUUUUUUUUUCCUUCCGUUUGGCUUCAAAAUCAAUGUGACAAAUACACAACAAAAAUUCCAUCUA